AAGUGAAAAUAAGCAUAGAGCGUGAUUAUGUAGCACAGACUCGCAAGUCAUUUCCUCAUUAAGCAGAACUUCACGAUGGACGAAUAUUAUCCCAUAAUUGUAGAGGGGGACUGGGGGCCCGAACACACCAAAAGUUUGAAAAAUAAACUUCAGAUUCACUUUCAGAGUAAGAAGAAAUCUCAGGGAGGAGACUGCGUAGUGAAAUACGACGAGAGGAAGUCUGCGACGAUUCUGUUCAAAACAUCUGACAUUCGAGAUGCUGUGCUCUCUCAGGCAGAACAUGUUAUCACCAUUGACACACAACAAAUCAAGCUAAAAGUAUAUAAACCCAGCAAUGUAAAGGAAAAUAAAGACAGCACUGAACAACAAACAGACCAGGCAUGUGCAAAUCAAAAACCAAAACAAAGUGCCUCUGAGGCUGAGUUGGACGUGAAGAAGCCUGAGUUGUCAAAUGCUGUGGUCCUGGAGAACAUUGCAGAUCAUAUGAAUCAAGAUGUCUUGGCUCUUUUGGUGGAGAACAUCAGCGGCCUUUCUGAGAAUGACUUUAGCAUGGAAUUAAUACCAGACUUACAAGCUGCAGUUGUGACCUUUAAAAAUCCCAGUGCUGCAGAAAAGUUCCUUGAGGACAGCAGAAUGCAUGAAAAAAUCAAGAAGAACAAUCUGAAGACUCGUCCACUGGAGAGAAGCACAUGUGUGCGGGUGGAGGAUCUUCCGGCUGAUGCUAACAAGAUGCUGCUGGAACUGUUGUUUGAGAAUCGAUGUGGUCCAGUACAAUGUAUUGAUAUAAUUCCAUCAGAACAUGCAGCCAUUAUUACAUUUAAGAAAGAAGAAGCCAAAGAAAAAGUUUUGAAGCAGCAGAUUUUCAUCAGUAAUAUUCCAGUCAAGAUAUAUCCCUACUUUAAAUCACUGGAUAUGGUCUUCUAUGGUGACAACAAGCCACAUUUAAAGCUGCCUGAACCCAUUACAGUCAGUGUACAUCCUGCCAUCAGAGAGUUCCUCCUCAAGAAAGGGCAGAUUUCUUCUAUUGAAGAUGAAAUGAGUUCACACUUUUGCCAGAUUAACAUGGAUAAACCUGAUGUUUUGCUCAGUCCUGAUCCAGCAUUGCUGAAACAGAAAGGAGUCAGCAGAAGACACAUUGAUGGCUGGAGUAAGAAUGCUUUAGAUGCCUUCAAGAAAAUCAUCUCAGACUACACAACAUCUGAGUGGCCGGUGUCACACGCCUUGUGGUCUAAAGUGGAGAAUGAUAUUAAAACAGUUGUGAAAGAUCAGGUUUACACAGAUAUGGAUGCAUUUAAAGGGGUCCUGACUCUAGCAGGUAUGAGCCAUGAGAUAAUUGGACUAAAACUCAUAAUGGAGAAAAUUUUGGAGAAAGCAACAAAUCAACUGGAGAGAGAGAAGAACAGUGUGACAGAAAACAUGGAGAUGUCUCCUGCCAUGUACUUUCUGCUUAAACAAGAUGGCCUGAAAACUGCUGCUUCUCCACAAUUGCGCAUUGACUACUACAAAAAUAUGAACAGACUUACUGUAUCUGGUCUUCAAAAAGAAAGCCUUGUCUUUAAAAACUGGGUCCUUCAAAAACAAAUAAAUAUAAAACAGAAGUCUUUAAAGAUUGAUCGUUCAGUCCUGGAUUUCCUGAAAUCAGUUGAUUGUGAUGAAAUGUCCACAGAUCUGUUUUUAUCUCAUAGAAUAUCUGCUGUCUAUACAAUUGAAAAUGGAGAUGUUUUUGUGAUUGGGAGCACAGAACAAGCAUGUACUGAAGCAGAGAAGAGGCUGAAUACAGUACUUACAUCCAAAGCCCUCCUUGUAGAAGAUCAGAGUGUUCUUCAAAUGCCAGAGUGGCAGGAUCUCAAAAAACAACUACUAGAAUUGUUCAACACCUCCAAAAAGAGAACUGUGUCUAUAAACAUUUCACAAAGAGACAAAGUGAUGGUGACUGGAUUCAGAGAACCAGUGAUGGAGGUCAGUGGGAGAUUGGAAAAGUUAAUUGAGAAACACACUCGAAUUGAAGAAACUGUUCGUGUUAAAUCACAUGCAACUGCUAAAUUCAUAGAAGACAGAAAAUCCCAAGAUUGGCAACAUUUAUUAAAGUCUGGUGAGAUUAAAGUGAGUUUUGAUCCAAAAAGACCCCGGAUCAAACUGUCUGGACAGCGCACGUUUGUUCAGCCAGCUGUGACUUUCUUCAAAAGGUUGGCAGAAUCUCUCCACACAGAUACACUGACCAUUAAAAAGGCAGGAGCAAAGAAGUACUUCAAGGAGCAGGGCAAAAUGAUGCUCUUAGUGUUGCUGAAGGACAAAAGAUUUGUGGUGGUGCUUCAAGAAGAUCAUAUGCUGGAAGAGGAUGAUGAUGAGAAUGAUUUUACUGAAGGUAGUUCUGAAGACUUUGGCCAGGCCUCUUGUGAGGUUCGAAUGCCCGGUGGAGUAACAGUUACUGUCAGGAAGGCAGACAUUUGCACUCUCAGUGUUGAUGCUGUGGUCAAUGCUGCUAAUGAAGAUUUGCAACAUGGCGGAGGUGUAGCUUACGCACUUCUCCAAGCUGCAGGACGAUGUCUGCAGGAAUACUGUGACCUACACAUAAAGGUAAAUGGACCUCUGACUCCUGGAGAUGCCAUCAUUACUGAUGCUGGUCGUCUUCCAUGUAAAUAUGUUGUGCAUGCUGUUGGACCUCGAUUCAGAGCUUCAGACAGACAUACAGCUGUGCAACAAUGCCUGAGACGUGCUGUGAGGGAGAGUUUGAACCAGGCAUCAAGCAAAAAAUGCUCCUCUAUUGCAAUUCCAGUGAUCAGCUCAGGGAUAUUUGGUUGUCCUCUUGAUCUUUGCACUGAAUCAAUCACCAAAGAGGUGCGUCAAUACAUUGAAAAUCAUAACUACAGUGGCUCCAGUUCCACACUGACUGAGAUUCAAUUGGUGGACAACAAUGACAAGAAUGUGAAUGCCAUGGCUCAAGCUGUCAGAAAUGAGUUUGCAGCUUAUAACCCCAAAAUGACUUUCCCUCAUCAAAGCAAACCUCAUAAGCAUAACUAUGAGCAUGGACAUCGUGGAGGUGGUCGUGGUCGUGGUCAUGGUCGUGAAAAUAGAAAAUUUGAAGAACGAUCAUGGUCGACUGACAGACCAGAUAAAUCUCAGGGGUUGAGGGUUCUUGAGACCAAAACUACACAAGACGGUCUAAAAAUUUGUCUGUGUGAAGGAAACAUCCAGGAUGCCAGUGCUGAUGUCAUCGUCAAUACUAUAUCAGAGGAUAUGGAUCUUAGAAAAGGUGCCGUCUCCAAUGCACUUCUUCAGGCUGCCGGUCAUCAGCUCCAGUCUGAAAUCAAAAGAGCUUCUAAAUCAUAUAAGCUCAAUACUGGUGAAAUAGUCAUCACAGAUGGUUAUAACCUGAAAUGUUCCAGAGUUUUCCAUGUAGUUUGUCCAUUUUGGAGACACGGCUCAGAGGAAUGGGUCCUCAAUCAGAUCAUUAGGAAUUGCCUAAAAAAUGCAGAAACCCAGGGGCUGUCUUCAGUAGUUUUCCCAGCUAUCGGCACUGGAAAUCUCGGCUUUCCUAAAGAUCUGGUGGCCAAAAACAUGCUUACAGAAGUCCAGCAGUUUAACACUACAAACCUUCGAAAGGUCACUGUGGUUGUUCAUCCUUCUGACAAGGAAAGUGUUCAGAGUUUUACCAGCUUCUUCAGACAUGGAAUUCAGAGUGCCAUCUCAAAAGAAGCUCAUCAACAUUUCAUGCCUAAAAAAAAUGCUCAGACAUCUGGUUUCCAUGGCAAAGUCUCCUCUCCUUCUCUCGGGGUUCACACUAUGCAGCUGGGUCAGGUGACUCUGGAGGUUUCAUCAGGAGACAUAACCAAAGAAAAAACUGAUGCUAUUGUCAACUCAUCAAAUCCGACAUUUUCUCUAAAAGCAGGAGUGUCCAAGGCCAUUUUAGAUGCUGCUGGAGGACAAGUGGAACAGGAAUGUUCACAAAUUGUGGCAUCAUCAAACAAGCAGCUUAGUAAGAUUGUGACCUCAUCUGGACGACUCCCAUGUGGAAACAUCAUCCAUAUUUCUGGAUUUGAUAGUCUAUCUACAGUUAAGGAAGUGGUUUUAUCUGUUCUAAAGUUGUGUGAAUCACGCCAGUUUACCUCCAUUGCCUUCCCUGCUCUUGGCACAGGUCAGGGUGGUUCAAAGCCUGGUGAUGUUGCAGAUGUAAUGGUUGAUGCAGUUGUUGACUUUGUGAAGAAGAAACCAGUGCAUGUGAAGCUUGUGAAGUUCCUUAUAUUCCAGCCAAACAUGGUAACAGACUUCCAUCAGAGCAUGGUCAGACGAUCUGGUGAGAAAAUAGAAGAGGAAAAAGGGGUGUUUACCAAAAUAAAAGACUUUUUUUGGGGAGAUAGUUCAGAAUCUCCUACAAGCGAAGAGUUUGUGAUGGUGGGUGAAGAUGAAGAAAUCGAGCCGGCUGUGUUUCAGCUGUGUGGAGAAACACCACAGGACCUAAGUGAAGCCAAGGAAAUGAUCAACAAUUUAAUCAUUCAGGAGCAUUUGACCAUCCCAAUCCAUGAUCCAGCCAUUGCUCAUUUCACCAGGGAGGAUGUAGAAUUGCUGAACGCCAUGCAGAAGGAGCUCACAGUCAGUGUCAAACUAGAGAAGAAAGGCCAAGACUCUGUCGUUACAUUGGAGGGUCUGACAAGAGACGUUCACAAUGCACAGAGUCGCAUUCGGGACAUGAUCCGCAAGGUGGAAAGAAAUGAAAACAGAAGACGCGAGGCAUUUAUAAUCAACAGUGUGGUUAAAUGGCAAUAUCAGGAGCAUAGACAAAGCCUCAAAAACUUUGAUAUGUUGACCAAUUAUGACCUGGAAAAGGCCUUUCAGAACCGGCAGCCUUCAGUGAAAAUCAAGAUUAAUGAUGAUGAGUAUGAGGCUGAUUUAGUUCGCAAAAAAGCCAGAAGAGGGAGAAUGCAGAUUGAAUUGAACAGAAUAGAUCUGGAAGCUGAGACUGUAGCUCAAAGCUCUUUUCCUCCACACUGGGACAAUAUGAAAGGAAAGUCUUUAGUUCUUGUAAAACUGACAUCAAGCUCAAAUGAAUAUGCCGACGUGGAGAAAGAGUUUAGGAGAACUGGUCUAACAUUUACCAUCAUUAAUAUCGAAAGAGUCCAGAACAGCUCACUGUGGAAAAACUACAUGGUCAAAAAGGAGGAACUGGAAAACAAAAACCAGCACAAAAACAAUGAAAGGCGCCUCUUUCAUGGCACGGGCCCUGAUUCGACAGAUCAGAUCAACCAUAAUGGCUUCAAUCGCAGCUUCGCAGGGACACAUGGAGCCAUGUAUGGGAAUGGUACAUAUUUUGCUGUGGACCCAAAUUACUCAGCACAAGGCUACUCAAAACCUGAUACCAAAGGACAUAAACGCAUGUACCUGGCCAGGGUGCUUGUUGGUGACUUCACUCAGGGGAGUUCAGGUCUUCUUGCUCCCCCUGCAAAGAGCUCCAGUAAUGCUGAUCUCUAUAACAGUGUGACUGACAAAAUGAACAACCCAACCAUGUUUGUGAUCUUCAAUGAUGUACAGGCUUACCCAGAGUACCUGAUCACCUUUAAGUAAUGCUAUGGUGAAACUUAUCAUCUGUGAAUUUACUGUAUGUAAUAUUUAGUUUUAGGAUUUGAUUAAUGCAAUAUAAUCUGUAACAGCAUCCUCAAAGAAAAAAAAAUCCAAGAACAUCUUCACAAUUUCAGCUUUUCUUAAUCUCUGACUACCCUAAUCAAGAGGUGUUUGAUGUCACAUAUUGUAGUUGUGCGUAACAAACAAAAUAAUUUGAGCUGAAAACAUAAAUGGGGCAAUUUAUGUUUAGGGGAGAUUUAUUUUUAUGGGAAUUAAAUGAGCACAAUGAUUGAAACUAAAAAUAUCAUUAAAUACUAAAAAAUGUAAUUUGUUCGAUGCAGACAAUGAUGAACUUAAUAUUUUAUAUGAUAAAUAUUAAAGUGAUACAAUAAAUUAAGAUUAUAACAAA